AAGCUCGCUCAAAGAGAUAAUAAAUACGUCACCAAAAGUAUCACCACUCAACGAAUCCAUCGCCAUUGCCAAUUUGCCAUGGCUAAGCUUUCUCUCUCCUUCUUUUUCGUAUUCUCUCUCUUCCUCUGUUUCUUAUCCACUUCUUCUUCUUCUUCUUCAUCGGAUUCCUUCGAAUCCUAUAUCGUCCAUGUACAGAGCUCUCAUAAGCCUUCCCUCUUCUCCUCUCACAACCACUGGCACGUCUCGCUACUCCGCUCUCUCCCUUCUUCUCCUCAACCACCAACGCUCCUCUACUCUUACUCACGCGCAGCUCAUGGCUUCUCCGCUCGUCUCUCCCCUCUCCAGACCGAAGCACUCCGUCGUCAUCCUUCCGUCAUCUCCAUCAUCCCAGAUCAGGCGCGUGAGAUCCACACCACUCACACGCCUGACUUCCUCGGUUUCUCCCAAAAUUCUGGUCUCUGGAGCAACUCCGAUGACGGCGAGGACGUGAUCAUCGGAGUUUUAGAUACUGGAAUCUGGCCGGAGCAUCCGAGUUUCUCCGAUUCAGGUCUCGGUCCUGUUCCAUCUGCCUGGAAAGGCGAGUGCGAGACCGGACCUGAUUUUCCCGCCUCGUCUUGCAACCGGAAACUAAUCGGAGCUCGUGCGUAUUACAGAGGAUAUUUUGCAGGGCAAGUGAACGGAACAAAACUGCAUGCGGCCAAGGAUUCGAGAUCGCCGCGCGAUACAGAAGGCCAUGGAACGCAUACGGCAUCUACGGCGGCUGGAUCGGUGGUUGCAAACGCCAGUUUGUACCACUACGCGCAAGGAACGGCGCGUGGGAUGGCGUCAAAGGCGAGAAUCGCCGCUUACAAAAUCUGUUGGAGCGUUGGCUGUUACGAUUCCGAUAUCCUCGCCGGCAUGGAUCAGGCGGUUGCGGACGGUGUUCACGUUAUCUCUCUCUCCGUCGGAAGUAGCGGUUACGCCCGGGAUUUUAGCAAGGACUCUAUUGCGAUCGGAUCAUUUGGAGCGACGAGGCACGGCAUCGUCGUUUCUUGCUCCGCCGGUAACUCUGGUCCUGGUCCCGAAACUGCGACGAACAUCGCUCCUUGGAUGCUAACCGUCGGCGCGUCCACCGUCGACAGAGAAUUCUCCGCAAACGUAAUCACCGGCGACGGGAAAGUCUACACGGGGACAUCACUUUACGCUGGCGAAUCUCUGCCGGAUUCUCAAAUGUCUCUGCCGGAAUCUCAAAUUUCUCUGGUAUAUUCCGGCGACUGCGGGAGCAAAUUGUGCACCACUGGGGAAUUGAAUUCAUCAUUGGUCCAAGGCAAAAUCGUUCUCUGUGACAGAGGAGGCAGCGCCAGAGUUGAGAAAGGAAGAGCCGUCAAACUAGCCGGUGGUGCAGGUAUGAUUCUAGCGAACACUGCCUCAAGCGGUGAAGAACUCACCGCCGAUUCGCAUCUAGUUCCAGCGACAAUGGUUGGGGCUAAAGCUGGAGAUCAAAUCCGCGACUACAUCAAAACAUCAGACUCUCCCACCGCAACAAUCAACUUCCUCGGCACUAUGAUCGGACCAUCUCCGCCUUCUCCCAGAGUCGCUGCUUUCUCCAGCCGUGGACCAAACCACUUAACACCGGUUAUACUUAAACCGGACGUGAUUGCGCCUGGAGUCAACAUUUUAGCCGGUUGGACCGGACUGGUUGGUCCAACCGAUUUAGAUAUCGAUCCAAGACGGGUCCAAUUCAACAUCAUCUCCGGUACAUCGAUGUCGUGCCCACACGUGAGUGGACUCGCCGCACUCCUCCGUAGAGCUCAUCCCGAUUGGUCACCAGCGGCAGUCAAAUCCGCACUCGUAACAACGGCUUACGACGUCGAAAAUUCCGGCGAGCCACUCGAGGAUCUCGCCACCGGUAAACCGUCGAAUUCGUUCAUCCACGGAGCUGGGCACGUCGAUCCAAAUAAAGCUCUGAAUCCUGGUUUGGUUUACGACAUUGAAGUCAAAGAGUACGUGGCUUUCCUCUGUGCCGUUGGAUACGAGUUUCCGGGGAUUCUAGUCUUCCUUCAAGAUCCAAGUCUUUACGACGCCUGCGAAACGAGCAAGCUCAGAACCGCCGGAGAUCUCAACUACCCAUCGUUCGCCGUUGUUUUCGGAUCGUCCGGAGAGGUUGUGAAAUACAAAAGAGUUGUUAAAAACGUGGGAAGCAACGUCGACGCGGUGUACGAAGUCGGAGUAAAAUCUCCGGCGAAUGUUGAGAUUGAUGUGUCUCCGAGCAAGCUAGAGUUUAACAAGGAGAAGAGCGAGUUGGAGUAUGAAGUGACGUUUAAGAGCGUUGUGCUUGGCGGAGGAGUUGGAUCGGUUCCGAGUCAAGAAUUCGGAUCGAUCGAAUGGACUGACGGUGAUCACGUGGUUAAGAGUCCGGUGGCCGUCCAAUGGGGUAAGGGAUCAUCAUCAGCUCAGUCCUUUUGAGUUCUGAUUGAUGAUGGCUCGUCUGGUUCUAUCAUGUUUUCUUCUUCAAUGGAGAAAAAAAGACAUCUUUGUUGGGUUUGUUUUAAUGGGCCGAUCAGUGUUACUUCAUUAUUGAGCCCUCACUGAACAGGGUUAGAUUAGACCCACUAUGCAUUGCGUGGGGUGAAUGAGCUGAAAAUUCGAUUGGCAUUUGUAAACUUUAGAUUCUUAGUUUGAUUUUCAUGCAUCCAAAUGUUUCGUAAUAAAACAUUCGAUUCUGAUUCGAAAGCAGAAAAAGAAUCGUUUUGGAUAUGAUUUGUUUUUUAUUAUAAUAAAGAUUAUCAAAAACUUCAAUC